CUCCCGGAAGAAAAGCAAAACACUAAAACAGAGGCGCACCUGUAAGGUACGUACAGUAACGGAGCCGCCGUCUGACAGAAAAAACCCCAUUUGCUUUGAAAAAAAAAUGUGGAAUCCAAAUGUACCAGGACAGCCAGGUGCUGCCUACCCACCAAACACAGUAUAUCCUCCACAAACAAACCCAGCUUACCCUCCAGGCACAAUACCAGGUGGUCAGAUCCCUGUGCCAGGGCAGCCUUGUUAUCCUCCAGGACAACCAGUCUAUCCACCAGGACAGUCUGUUUACCCUCCAGGACAACCUGCUUACCCCGGUGGACUUCCAGCGUACCCUGGGCAACAGCCUGGCUACCCACCACACUCUGGGCCAUUCCCCCCUGGCAUGCCUGGAUAUCCUGUAAACCCCCUGAUGCCUGUGGGACCCAUGGAUAAGAAAAUGAGAAAGAAGAUGAAGAAGGCACACAAAGCAAACAAGGCUCAUAAAUCUCAUAAGCAUGGAAGGCGUUCAUCGUCAUCCUCUUCGUCUUCCAGCAGUGACUAAAUUAAAAGCUAGCUAUGGCUAAUGAAAUGCACUGAGUAUAUUUAUGUGGUGCUUGAGCAUGUAAGGCAAGAUGAGUACAUUUUAACUGCUGUAGACACCAGUCUGUCUUUUCUAAAGAUACCAAAAAAUGUAAUCCUAGCAGACUACUGUGGAGACUGUUAGAAAUUUUUUUGUCCUGCUUUUUAUGUAUUACUAUAUCGAAGUGUCCUGCUCAACUUCCGUUACUGAUGCCUCCAAAAUAAAAUUUUAAUUUGCUA